AUGAGUGACUUUUGCCAAGAGGCUUAACACUUUAAUAGCUGUAAAAUCGCUGUGUAGCUCCGAAAACCCAUCGGCUGCUUGUUUGCUGGGUCCAUUCUGUGCCUGGAUGCCACUGUGAACUAUUAUUGGGAUGGUAACGCCCUAACACUUGAUGCCACAUCCCCCUUCUCUUCCAAGUCUCUGGGCUCAUUCUGAGAGAAGACACCCCGGGCAGAAGGCACAAUGAUGGGCAGCAUCAAAGGACUCGAGAGGUUUGACAGCCCGGGGAAGGGACGAGGGCUCCGGGUAACCAGACCAUUUAAAGUUGGAGAGCUCCUGUUUUCCUGCCCAGCCUACUCCCACGUGCUGUCAGUGAAAGAGAGAGGCUGCUACUGCGAGUUCUGCUUCACCAGGACACAGCAUUUGGCAAGAUGUGGGAAGUGCAAGAAAGCCUUCUACUGCAAUGUGAAAUGUCAGAAAGGGGACUGGGCCAUGCACAAGCUGGAGUGUUCGGCAAUGGUUGCUUUUGGAGAGAACUGGUGCACGUCAGAGAUAUCCAGGCUGGUGGCGCGAAUCCUUGCAAAGAAGAAAAUGCAGAAAGAACGAUGCGUUUGUGAGAAGAUGUUGCUCAUAGGAGAGAUGCAAUCACACACAGAGGAUGAAGAUAAUGAGAAAAGAGAGAUGACCGAGGCAGACAUUGCCAGAUUCCAUCGCUUUUACUCCAAACAUCUGGAUGUGCCGGACCACAAAGAGCUACUCACGCUCUUCUCCCAGGUUGGCUGCAAUGGUUUCACUAUAGAGGAUGAUGAACUUUCCCACUUGGGUACUGCAGUCUAUCCAGACAUGGCCCUGAUAAACCACAGCUGCCUUCCCAGCGUCAUAGUCACGUACAAAGGGACAUCGGCUGAAGUUCGGGCAGUGCAGGACAUGAAACCUGGAGAUGAAGUGCUUAUCAGCUACAUAGACCUCCUCUACCCAACAGAUGACCGCAAUAACAGGCUGAGAGAGUCCUAUUACUUUCUCUGUGACUGCCAGGAAUGUAAAAGCAAGUCAAAGGACAAGGCAAAGUUAAAAGUACGUAAGCAGAGUGAUUCCAUUGAGCCAGAUGUCAUCAACAACAUGGUUCGUUACGCCCGGAAAACUAUCAGAGAGUUCCGGGAAUUCAAACACACAAAGACCCCUAGUGAGUUGCUGGAGAUGUGCGAGCAGAGCCUGGAGGAAAUGGGAGCCGUGUUUGAUGACUCCAAUGUGUACAUGCUCCACAUGAUGUACCAAGCCAUGGGGAUUUGCAUGUACAUGCAAGAUCUAGAUGGAGCUAUCAGAUAUGGCGAGAAGCUUCUCAAACCUUACAGUCAUCUCUAUCCACCUUACUCCCUUAAUGUCUCGUCCGUCUACCUGAAACUGGGCCGAUUGUACUUGGGACUAGAGAGGCAAUCAGCGUGCACCAGCGCUCUCAAAAAGGCAAUGGCUAUAAUGGAGGUGGCUCAUGGGAAGGAUCACUUUUACAUUGAAGAGCUGCGUAAAAUGAUAGCACAAAAAUAAAGAGAACAAGAGAGAAAUACCAAGACUGAUCCAUAAGGACUGCAUACACUUUCCAAACUUUGUCUUAUCCAAAUAAUUUAUCUUGGUUUUUUCAGGAGUAUGUCUUCACGGUUAUUUAUCCUGCAUCUUCCUAUCAGUUAGACGCAGGAUACUUUUGCAACAAGCAGGUAUUUAUUGUGGAAUUUGCAUGAAAAUAUGACUUUGUGGAAGGUGUUUUGUUUUUUAAAUCAAGUAAAUAACUUUGAUUUGG